AUGUCGCCGCCACUGAUAACCCACGACUACACAGCGGACCCAUCCGCCCACGUCUUCGAGGGCAAAGUGUACAUCUACCCAUCGCACGACCGCGAGACGGACAUCGAAUUCAACGACAAUGGGGACCAAUACGACAUGGCCGACUACCACGUCUUCUCCACCUCAUCGCUAGACCCUCCUUAUGACUCAGUGACAGACCACGGCGUGAUCCUCCGCACUGAAGACGUCCCCUGGGCCAGCAAGCAGCUCUGGGCGCCCGACGCCGCGCACAAGAACGGGCGGUACUACCUCUUCUUCCCCGCGCGGGACAAGUCGAACAUCUUCCGCAUCGGCGUGGCCGAGGGCCCGACGCCAACCGGUCCUUUCGUUGCGGACCCGGAGCCCAUCCCGGGUAGCUUCAGCAUCGACCCGGCGGCGUUCGUGGAACCGGACACGGGGGACGCGUACCUGUACUUCGGUGGGCUGUGGGGCGGGCAGCUGCAGUGCUGGAAGGGGAAUUCGUCUUCUGCUUCAACAGAAAAGGGGGGAGAGGCAAAACUAGACGAGCACGGCCUCCCCCCCUUCGACGCCACCCUCCAAGGCCCGCAAGAGCCCUCCGGCCCCAACGUCCACGCCCUCUUCCCCAAAGUAGCCCACCUAGCCCCGUCCAUGCACUCUUUCCUCUCCCCCGCGCAAGACCUAGUAAUCCUCGCCCCCGAGACCGGCGCCCCCAUCUUAGCCGACGACCACGACCGGCGGUUUUUCGAAGCAGCGUGGAUGCACAAGCGCAACUCGACGUACUACUUCAGCUACUCGACGGGGGACACGCACUACCUCGUGUACGCGACUUCCAAGUCGCCGCUUGGGCCGUUCACGUACGCGGGCCGCAUCCUGGAGCCCGUGCUGGGGUGGACGACGCAUCAUUCGAUUGCCGAGUUUGGCGGGCGGUGGUGGCUUUUUCACCAUGACUGCGAGUUGAGCGGGGGCGUGAACCACCUAAGGUGUGUCAAGGUUAGGGAGAUAUUAUAUGAUGAUGAGGGGAGGAUCUUGCCGGUGGAGGGUGAGUAG